GGCAACCGGAGGCUAUGGCGCUGCCCUGCGCGGGACUGGCGCGCUACCUGCUGCUGCUGGCGCAGGAGAACUUGGAAUUCAGGCUGCCGGAAAUAAAGUCUCUGAUCUUCCUCAAUGGUGGACAGUUUAUUUGUCAACAAGAAUCAAAGCUAAAUUCUCCAUUUUGGAUUCUAAGCUUGCUUUCAGAAGAGAUGGCUAGAGGACUAAUGAAGCGUACAGUAUGUGCCAAGUCUAUAUUUGAACUGUGGGGCAAUGGCAGAUCUGUAGAAGAACUACACUCUUCGUUAAAGAAAUAUCCAGUAGAGAAGAUGGAACCAUAUCUGCGGUCAAACUUUACAUACAAAAUAAAGGUGCAUGCUUUUAACAAAACACUAACACAACAAGAGAAGCUUGAAAGGAUAGAUUCUCUAGAGUUUUUACCAUUUAAAGGAAAAGUGAAUUUAAAGAAACCAGAUCAUAUUUUUUGGUUUUUGGAAGAUUAUGGGACAGAUCCAAAUAACAUCCCAGAACAGCCUUUUCAUUUAUAUUUUGGUAGAUGGAUUGCCAAUGGACAAAGGGACCUUAUUGAGUCAUACAGUGUAAAAAGAAGACACUUCAUUGGGAACACAAGCAUGGACGCCUGCUUGGCUUUUAUCAUGGCAAACCAUGGAAAAGUAAAAACAAACGAUGUUGUGUUUGAUCCAUUUGUGGGAACAGGUGGGCUUCUUAUAGCCUCAGCACACUUCGGAGCAUACGUAUGUGGUACAGAUAUAGAUUAUAGCACAGUACAUGGAUUGGGCAAAGCAAGCAGGAAGAAUCAGAAGUGGAGAGGGCCUGAUGAAAAUAUUAGAGCCAACCUUCGUCAGUAUGGCUUGGAGAAUUGCUACCUUGAUGUAUUAGUUUCUGAUGCAUCAAAACCCAUAUGGAGGAAGGGAAUGAAAUUUGAUGCAAUCAUCACAGACCCUCCAUAUGGUAUACGAGAAGCUACCAGAAGAACUGGAUCCCAGAAGGAAAUGGCCAAAGAGACAGAAAGAGGCACAGAAAAUCACAUCUCCAUUUCUUCAAACUACCAUCUGAGCGACAUCCUUUUUGACCUAUUAAAAUUUGCAGCUGAGUACCUGGUGAUUGGAGGAAGGUUGGUCUACUGGCUUCCUGUUUACAAACCAGAAUAUACAGAAGAGAUUAUACCCCAGCACCCAUGUCUGAAACUUAUUAGUAACUGUGAACAGACACUUUCCAGCCACACGUCAAGACACCUGAUAACCAUGGAAAAGGUGAAAGAAUUUGAGGAUGAAGACCAGUAUUUUCACAUAUUGGAAAGCCAGUAUCUGUCAUACAAAAGUCACAAUUCCUUUCGUGAGAAAUAUUUUAGUGGAGUGACCAAGAGGAUUGCCAAGGAAGAAAAAGACAACCAGAAAUAAUUGUUUUUAAAAGACUGAAACAAAGGACUCACAUUUGGCUGUUAAGACAUCUGGACCGCAAUAUUACAUGGAUGCUUCAGAGAACAAAUACUGGUUUGCAUUUUUAAAAACUCGAAGCAAAAACCACAACAUAAGUUAAGAGCAGUUCUUUUUCAUUAGGAUUGUUUACACCAGAUUUUAUUGCAUAAGAUUUUUUUACUGUUAGUUAAUUUAUUUUUGUACUUCAAGUUCAAAUGAUGAUUGACUAUAACCUUUAUUGCUACUAUUUUUUUACCCCAUUAUCUCUUGCAAAAACUAGUAGUAUUGUUUGACUUCUUAAACUGUGAACAUCUGGAAGUCUAGAUAUGCAUAAUAUAACAAUCAAGGAUUUCUUAUUAGAAAGAUUGAUUUCAUUUGUUUUCUUCUUUUGUAACUGAUACAUAAUAAAGCCAACAAGGAUUGUUGUGAAUUUUUAAAAAGUA